GAUACUGCUCUUUUCCCUCUUCUUUCAUACUCCAUUUUUCACUAUAAAAAUGCAAUCACAAAGCUAAUAAUAUAAGCUUUUGAUCAAGUUCUGACUUCUAGGGGCUCCCCAAAAUUUGAUCUUUUUUUUAUCUUGGUUCAUAAAUUUCCUUUUCUCUGUUUUGUUUUCACUCAUCAUUUGAUGGGAAUUUGGAUCACAGAAAAGGCUGCAAAAUUUUAACUACUUCAUCAGGCAAUUGACAGAAACACUAAGUAAAAAAUUAGAAAGACUUCAUCUUUUUCUUUUACUCCUCAAGAAAGCAUGAAGAGACUCAACAGUACUGAUUCAUUGGGUGGUUUCAUGUCCAAUUCUCCCAAUUCAACAGUUGAUGUGGAAUUUGAGACAAUGUUGGAGGAAGAGGGCCAAAUUUGGGAGAAGAAGAGGAGAUUAAGCGUUGUUCAAGUGAAGGCUUUGGAGAAGAAUUUCGAGGUGGAGAACAAGCUGGAGCCGGAGAGGAAAGUGAAACUUGCUGAGGAGCUGGGCUUGCAGCCGCGACAGGUGGCGGUGUGGUUCCAAAACCGCCGGGCGCGGUGGAAGACGAAGCAACUUGAGAGAGACUACGGCCUCCUCAAAGCCAACCACGACGCCCUCAAGCUUAAAUAUGAAUCUCUCCACAGAGAGAAUCAAUCUCUGCUCAAUCAGAUUCGUGAGCUGAAAUCGGAGCUGAAUGUGGGCGAGGGCAAAACUGCAGUGAAGGAAGACGCGUCACUGUCGGAAUCGGAAGAAAAAUAUGAUAUAGAAAUCCACGGUGGUGGAGCUGCGGCGGAGCUGAAUUUCGAGAAUUGUGAUGGCAAUGCGCAGGAAAACGUAAUGAUGGGUGCGGUUUUUGUUGAUUUCAAGGAUGGAUCAGAUAGCGAUUCGAGCGCGAUUCUGAACGAGGACAACAACAACAACAGUCCCAUCGCCUCGUCCAGCGGGAUCCUCCACCGCAGCCCACAGCGCUUCGAGGCGAGUGUUGUCGAAGAGUUUUACCAAACGCAACUAGUAAAGAUUGAGGAGCACAAUUUUUUCGGAGAGGAAUCGUGCAGCACUUUGUUUUCCGAUGAUCAACCUCCCACUCUUCAUUGGUACUUUAAUGACCAAUGGAAUUGAAGAAAUAAUUUUACAAAUAAAUGAGAAUAAUCAAAAUUCUUUCUUUCACGUGACAAUUUUGUACUCCCUCCGUCCCAUAAAAGAUGGCACAUUUGGGUAAUGGCACGAGAUUUUAGAAGAUGUUA